UUCGCCCGGACAACUAAUGCCAAAUUCAUGGCGGAUUUUGAUGUCUCUCGAAGUCCUUUGUGAAAGGCACAAGAUAACACUUGGGGUGGCUGACUUGUUGAGAGCUUACUACUUGAAGGCACACCUUAAUGACAAAGGUAGGUACCAGUUAACAACUAGGGGGAAGGACCCUCCUUUAAUUAUUAGUUUGAAGAGUGGAGAUAAGAGGUGGAAGGACCGUUACUUCUUCGUCCCUUUCGUCUCGUUGGGGUUACCUGCUGAUAGUAGGAUACCUUGUUCAUGGUCUCCUGCAUGUAGGCUUCGAGUUGAGUACCUUUGGGAUUCGAGGGAGUCUUCUGGUCGACUUAAGAGUAUUCUUGCUAUUCCUGAGGCGGAGCGUGAGUGGAGUGAUUUGCUGUCUGAAUCGAGUCUUCGUCAGAGUUCUUUGUGGCGCUCUGUUGAAAAACUCCCUGAAGGUAUUCCUCUUCUACAGAGUCCUGAUAAUCCUCGUGUUGUGUUUAUCAAGAGAAGUUUAGAAGUCUUGGGAUAUACUCCCAAUUUUUUGACUGAAUUGACGACAAGUGAGCGGUUGUUUGCAGACGUAGCUAUGUCCCGACCCUUUACACUUCCUCUAACCGGUUCCAAUGCCUUGGAACGUUUGCGUCAAGCAAAGAAAUCGUCCGUUGGGAGCUCAGAAGCUGAUAGAGAGGUUGUUGUGCCUCCGGCUGAUCCCCCUGUUUUGACGCGGAGUCAGACGAAAAAAAAGAAGAAGGCUGUGCAGGAUGAUUCUUCCGACCCAUUUAGCGACACCGUUGCCCUUUCGUUCCCUUCCAAUGCUGCGGCCUAUAGUGAGAUUGGGCCUCACUUAGGAGAGAUUGAUAAGUUGUUGUGGCCCGAAGAUGAUCACAGAAUGGAGCAGGUUGGUACGGAUGGGUCAAUUGAUACCACUGUUUCUCAUUUGUUCCAGGGUUUGCAAGGGGUCAUUUGGCUGAAGAAGAAAAUCAAGUCCUUAAUGGCAACUCUAAAGGAAGUAAGGAGUCAGAGAAAUGAUCUUCGGGGUGAAGUUAGUCGGCUGAAAGAUUCCAAGAAGGAGUCUGAUCAACUCAUAGCUGAUUUGAAGGCUCAACUAGAAUCCAAGGAAGCUGAUGUCGAGAAGCUGAGAGUGACUCUUGGUCAAGUUGAUGAUUUGAAAGCCGAGGUUGCUUCGUUGGAGAAUCGGAUGUUGGUCAUUGGGCUGGAGGCUGAGAUCCAAUGCCGUGGCGUAAUGGCUAGUGAGUUUCGGGAUGGUAAGGCUGAUAGCUGGGAUGUUCCCAAAUACAUUGCUGAUCUUGAGGAAUUGGAGAAGAUGAGGGCUGAAGAGAUAACCCGGGCCGAAGAGUUAGCCACUUCUUUUGGCAUCAUGACUACUAAUGAUCUGGUUGUGGAUGACUGAUUCCUCUUCUACUCGUGUUCAUUGUCGUGGGAUAACAGAGUUUGUCGGGCCUUUUCUAGUUGUUGUAUGAACUUUUUCUUAUGUAGUAUUGUAUCCUGAUCUAACUGACCUAGUUUUGUUGUAUUAUGGCUUGUUGUAGCUUUUGUUAGUGUUGUUUAAGUUAUUGUAUCGGAUGCUGAUUGGCUGAAUGACUUAUGGAGUAUUAGUGUCUUAUUCCCCCAAUCUAAGUAUAAAGUGACUUAGUCAAUUUAUAUUUAGAUUUGUUA